CUUGUUUUUAUUUGAAUUUGAAAAUAAACGAUUUUCAUUAUUUAUAGGAUGGGUAAUUCAACUGAAGAAGAUCUAUGUAGCCAAACUACAAAUAGAGACGAUGGAGAUAUAUUGACUAUUCUUGUUGCCACUGAUAUUCAUUUAGGCUUCGAAGAAAAAGAUCCCAUCCGAGAUCAGGACACAUAUGACACAUUUGAGGAAAUAUUAAAGAUAGCUUCUGCAGAGGAAGUGGAUUUCAUUCUUCUAGGUGGUGAUUUGUUUCAUCAUUCUCGACCAAGCCCUUACUGUAUCUUCAAGUGUACAGAACUUCUGAGACGCUACUGUUUGGGUGACAAACCUGUUGAAAUUGAAUUUCUGUCUGAUCCAUCACGCAACUUCCAUAAUGUCUACAAUCCCACAGUCAACUAUGAAGAUCCCAAUCUCAAUGUUUCUAUUCCUGUCUUCUCUAUCCAUGGAAAUCAUGAUGAUCCUACUGGUCAGAAGCAGAUCUCUGCCAUGGAUUUGAUGUCCACCUCAGGCCUUAUCAAUUAUUUUGGCAGAUGGAAUAAUUUUGACAAGGUUGAGGUGGAACCUAUUCUGUUGAAGAAGGGGGCCACUAAGUUGGCUUUAUAUGGAUUGUCACACAUCAAGGAUGAGAGGCUUGGAAGGCUGUUUCUAGAUAAAAAGGUGAAAAUGAUGGCACCUGAAGAUCAAGAUGACUGGUUCCAUUUGCUCGUAUGGCAUCAGAACAGAGCCACAAGAGGCGUGAAAAAUUUUAUUCCAGACGAUUCGCUACCUGACUUUUUAGAUUUGGUCAUUUGGGGCCAUGAACACGAUUGUAGAAUCGAGCCGGAAAGGAAACAUAAUGACGUUUAUGUUUCACAACCAGGUAGUUCUGUGGCUACUUCUCUGGCAGCCGGAGAAGCCAUACCCAAGAAAGUGGGUAUUUUGAAAGUGCACCACAAACAAUUCCAAAUGAUACCUGUCGAUCUGAAAACCGUCAGACCGUUUAUAUUCGAGGAAUUGGUUCUCAAGAAUUUGGACGAUAUGAUGAAUGACGACAAUAGCGGUCUCACACCCAAUGAGUUGACUCUAGAAGUUGUUACUAAAAAAGUCGAAAGCAUGAUGGAAGAAGCAAAACAAUUAGGCAGGGUGGGAAAGGCCAGCGAGAAGCCUUUGAUCAGAUUGAACGUGAAAUGCAGAGACGAAAGGCAAGUUUUCAACGCCAUCAGGUUCGGUCAGCAAUAUAACGGGCGGGUGGCGAAUCCCGACGAUAUGGUCAAAUGUCAGCCCAUCAAGGAGCCUGUCAGAAGAGGAAAAGGCGAUGGAAAGGAUAAAAUUACUUUCAAUGAUGGUCCUGUGUUAGCUGACAGGGUGGAAGACAUAAUAUCCAAAUAUUUCGCUGAAAAUGACACUUUGAAAGGCUUGUCCAUAGGUCCUCUAAACGAAGGUGUGAAAAGGUUUAUUGAUUCAAAUAACGCUGAUGCUGUAUCUGAUGUUGCUGAGUUCAUGAUAAAGGAAACCAUAGAAUAUCUGGCAACGAGAUUACCAGAAAUAGAGGAAGCUGAAAACAUGAUUCUAGCGUGUAAAACUGUCAGAGAUGAGCAAGAAAAUCUAAAUACUAUCAGACAAGUGCUUGACAAGCCACAGAAGAAACGUAGCGUCACCAACGAUGACGUUUCACAACGGAAGUCGAGCAAAGAUGACGAUGACGGCAUGACAAUAGAUGACGAUGACGACGACGACUCGAAUGCCAGUGCCAGCCCUGUUAAGGGCAAGGGGCUGUGGGGCGAUACCUCCAACUCGUCGAAGCCUACUCGAGGUCCCGGCUCUAGGGGUGGUAGGGGUUCUAGGGGUCCGAGGAGAGCGAGAGGCAAGGGGCGGGCGAAUUGAAUUUCUGUUGAUGUCCUAUGUUUAUUUUGAGUUGCAUUCCUUUUAUGUUUUUUUGUAUCAAUAAAACUGUUCAGUUA